UCUUUUUUUUUUUUUAACUAAUAUUGUAAAUAAUGAUGUAGUAAUACUUUAACAAAAAAAAAUAAAAGGAUGCGUACAGGAAAUAUAAGAGAUAAGCAUAAUUUGCUGUUUAAAGGAGAUAAUAGCAACAAAGAAAACAUAUUGAAAUUAUAUAAUUUACCUUCAAACAAUAAAUAUGAGGUAUAUAAAAAGGAAAAAAAAAUAGAUGUGUUAUAAAAAAAAAUUAAGUUUUGAUAAUAUAUUAUAAUAAGAUUGAAUCUGAGAAUGUAGCCUUUUCUUCUCCUUUACUACUAGAAGGUAAGUAGAUUAAAUAAUUAUAUUAAAUUUAUAAUACACUAACAAAAUAAAAUAAAAGGUUUAGACAAUAACAGUCAAGAUGAAAUACCUCUUUGGAAUACUGAUAUCCCCAGUAAAGACGAAGUGGGUGAUUUUGAUGAAAAUGGAGUAUUUUGUAUAAACUUUUAUAAUCAAGUCAUGAAUGAUGAAUUUAGUACAAACGAUGGUUCGUUUACUUCACCUUUAACGGCAAAAAAAGAUACAGUCCUCGUUUUAGAUUGUAAUAAUUCGGAUCCAGAUAUCUUGCCUGUCACAUCACCUUCUAUUACAGAUAGCGACUUUAAAGAAUCCAACACGAAUCAAAGCACAACAACAACUGGGGAAUCAUAUAGUUGGCUUUAUUGUGACUCAACAGGUAAAGAACAAGGUCCGUUUAGUGCGCAGGAAAUGCAAGCAUGGUAUUUUGCUGGUUACUUUGAUCUCUCUCUGUUAAUAAAACGUGAAGAUGAAGUUAUUUUUCAAUCCUUAUCAGAUUUAAUUACAAAGACACACGAUUCAAAGACACCAUUUUUAGCUACUUGGAAUAAUACACCGCAAGUCCCUUCAGUAGUUCUAAGCACAUUAGCUACUAAAUAUUUUGGGAAAAUUCCAACAAUAGACAAUAAUACCGUUCCUGAUGUAACCUCAGAGCAACACUAUAAUUUUUAUCAACAAGAUAAUCGUAUCAAUAGGAUACAAAAUACAAUGACUCCACUUUCUGAUCAUAGAACUCAUGUACUUGGUAACCAGCUAAGGAUCCAAAAUGAGUCGUUGAUACCGCAUUUUGAUGCGAAUUGUGUUGCUACCCAUUUUAAUAAUCAUCAUUUAACUUCACUCUCUCCUUCAUGGAAUAAUAGCAAUUACAUGUAUCCCAAUUUAAAUAAUACUAAUCAACAACAAAAUGAGUCACUUUUAUUUAACAAGCUACAACCGCCACUGCCAUUUUUAAUGCAGCAUGAAAAUACCAAUAUAAAUAGCAAUAACUAUGUUCAAAGUCUUGCAUUUCAGCAGCAGCAGCAACAGCAGCAACAACAACAACAACAACAACAACAACAACAGCAACAGCAGCAGCAACAGCUACAACAGCAACAGCAACAGCAUUAUUAUCUUAUGAACCAACAAUUUGAGCAAAACUAUCUUGCUAUAUUACAUCAAAAUCAACAACAGCAUUUGCAGUUAUUACAACAAAAACUUAUUUUAGAGCAACAGGAUCAACAAUUGCAUAUGACUCAACAAGCUGUUUUAAGAAGGACACAACAGACAAAGACUCUCGAUAAUUUAAAUAGAGAAUGGAAUCCUGAUGAAAGUGUUUUUACCAAACAAAUACAACCAACAAUUGAAGAUGAUGAAGACGAAUUAUUAGUUAAAAAAAUAUUGAAUAUUCAAAUAGUAAAAGAUAAAACAACAGAGUUUGAUUAUGACAGUCCAGAUCUUCUACAAGAUUCUACAAACCAUUGUAAAGUUAUAUGUAUAAAUGGGGGGAGUGACUACAUAUUGAAACUAAUGUCUAUUUUUUUUUAAACAGUGAGUAAUGAGCAAAUAAGGCUAAAAGAGUAUCCUUCAAGUUCAACAACGCAAACAUCAGCUACUGAUAAGGAAAACAUAGGUGUAUCUAGCAAAGUAUCGUGCUCAUCUAUAGCCAGUAUUGUACCCAAAGAAGCAGACAAAACCUCUAAUGAUGAUAUAUCAUUAAAAAAAUUAUCAAAAUUAGGGCCAAAGCAGCAGAAUAUUUGGGGUAAAAAACCAUUAGUAAUACAUUCUGAUGGGGCA